AUGGCUGGGCAUAACAAGAAGAAGCGUUAUAAGUGCGACGUGUGCGGCAAGGCCUGGCAGAGCCUGAGCAAGCUGGAGAUCCACCGGCAGGUGCACACGGGAGAACUCCCCUUCGACUGUUCGGAGUGCGGCAAGAAAUUCUCCCUCUACGCCCACCUGCUGCGGCAUUACCAAGUGCACACGGGCGAGAAGCCCUUCACCUGCUCCGACUGCGGCAAGGGCUUCACAACGACGAAUGAACUGAAGAUCCACCGGCGGGUGCACACGGGCAAGAAGCCCUUCAGCUGCUCCGACUGCAGCAAGUGCUUCAAGAGGUUGAAUGAGCUGAAGAUCCACCAGCAGGUUCACACGGGCGAGAAGCCCUAUGGCUGCCCCGACUGCGACAAGAGCUUUGCUCAGUCGUCGGGGCUACGGCAGCACCUGCGGGUGCACAGCAGUGAGCGGCCCUUCACCUGCUGCGACUGCGGCAAGGGGUUCACCCGCUCCAAAACACUGCUGCAGCACCAGCGCACCCACACCGGCGAGCGACCCUACUCCUGCGCCCUGUGUGGCAAGGGCUUCACCCGCUCCAAAUGUCUGCAGUCCCACCAGCUGCUGCACGCCGGCGACCGUCCCAUCCCCAGGCCCUUUGGCUGCUCCGACUGUGGCAAGAGCUUCAAGAGGGCGCAUCAGCUGAAGAUCCACCGGUUCACAGGCGCCUGCACACCGGGGGAGCAGCCCUACACCUGCAGCAACUGCAGCAAGUGUUUCACCUACUACACCAGUCUACUGCACCACCAGCACACUCACACCGGGGAGCACCCCUAA